AAUGGAAGAAUUCUAUUGAAGAAGAAGAAGGUCACGAGCCACCAUCACUCCACUGGCUCCUCACUCUCAAUAGAACAAACUCCCGUUGCCCCUAUUAUAGAUCUUUGGCUUUUACCAAAAUCAUCACUCUAAGUCUUCAUCGCCAGAUCCCAUCAUCAUCACCACCACCUUCUUAAUCUUCUUGGUUCAAGUAGAGAGUGAUCUGCAAUGGACAUUUGUGCAACACUCAAACCUUCCACUCACUUUCCAAGAGGUUCCGAGUUUUGGGGGGAGAGGACCAGAGGCAGCCUAAAUAGCAAUGGCUUUGUGGGUCAGUUCGCGAAAAGUUCGAGUCUUGAAGGGAAGAGGAAGAUGAAGUUCAAAGCUGGGGUUACACUCUCUGUUCUAACCGCAGAAAAUGGAAGAGAGACUGUGACUGUAGAUGCACCAAGGCGGCAGAGAAGACGAGCUGAUCCUAAAAAUGUGGCUGCAAUCAUACUGGGAGGUGGCCCGGGGACGCAGCUAUUCCCUCUCACCAACAGAGCUGCUACUCCUGCUGUUCCGGUUGGAGGGUGUUAUAGGAUGAUAGACAUCCCGAUGAGCAACUGCAUCAACAGUGGAGUGAACAAGAUCUUUGUGCUCACACAAUUCAAUUCUGCUUCUCUAAAUCGUCACAUUUCCCGCACCUACUUUGGCAAUGGUGUUAGCUUUGGAGAGGGAUUUGUUGAGGUACUGGCUGCAACACAAACACAAGGGGAAACAGGAAUGGAGUGGUUUCAAGGAACCGCGGAUGCUGUCAGGCAGUUUACAUGGGUAUUUGAAGAUGCCAAGAACAAGGAUGUUGACAAUAUACUCAUUCUGUCCGGCGAUCAGCUUUACCGCAUGGAUUACAUGGACUUGGUCCAGAAUCACAUUGAUCGCAACUCUGAUAUUACCCUUUCGUGCGCUGCAGCUGGGGAUAGCCGAGCAUCGGAUUUCGGGCUGGUGAGAAUUGACCGUACGGGCAAAGUAAUCCAGUUUUCGGAGAAACCCAAGGGUGCUGAUCUGAAAGCAAUGCAAGCUGAUACUACUCUCUUGGGAUUGUCACCUCAAGAUGCCAGGUUAAACCCUUACAUUGCUUCAAUGGGAGUUUAUGUCUUUAGGAGAGAUGUCCUCUUGAGGCUGCUCAAGUGGAGGUAUCCCACAUCCAAUGACUUCGGAUCCGAGAUUAUUCCUGCUGCUGUAACAGAGCACAAUGUUCAAGCUUACAUUUUCAGAGACUACUGGGAAGACAUUGGGACAAUAAAAUCUUUCUAUGAUGCUAACUUAGCCCUUACUGAAGAGGCUCCAAAGUUUGAGUUCUAUGAUCCAAAGACACCUUUCUAUACGUCCCCAAGGUUCCUACCGCCAACCAAAAUUGAUAACUGCAAGAUCAAGGACGCGAUAAUCUCCCACGGGUGUUUCUUAAGAGAGUGCACCGUGGAGCACUCCAUUGUUGGGGAACGUUCUCGGUUAGACAGUGGUGUUGAAGUGAAGGAUAGUUUAAUGAUGGGAGCGGAUCAGUACGAAACGGAAUCAGAAAUCGCUUCGCUUCUGGCAGAUGGAAAGGUUCCUAUUGGGGUUGGAGAAAACACAAAGAUUAGGAAUGCGAUCAUCGACAAGAAUGCAAGGAUUGGGAAAGAUGUUGUCAUCAUGAACACAGAUGGAGUUGAAGAAGCAGACAGGGGAGAUGAAGGGUUCUUCAUUAGAUCAGGGAUUACUAUUGUAAUGGAGAAAGCCACCAUUCCUGAUGGAACUGUCAUAUAAUCAUAAUAUGAAGAUAGAUGGCAAUGCAAGAAUUUAUAACAGUAUGUUCCUUCUCUUUCUCCCCUGGAGACCAAAGUCACAACCAAAGAUCCAUAAGUUUCUCAGAGCUUUCUAUAUAUGUUUACUUUAUGUGAGUAGGAAACUCCUUUGAAGCUGUGUUUUAUUAUACAGUGAAAUGCUUUUUAAGCCAAAUACCAUGGAACAUUGGGAAUUGAUAGUGGACAGUUGGACACUCUAUUAGU